UCUUGCUAAAUUGCUUAAGGCCUCAGCAAAGUUGCUGAGGCUGGCUUUGAAUUCACAAUUCUUCKGCCUCAGCCCCCUAAAUGCUAGAUUCCAGACGUGUGCCACCACAGCCAGCGUUUCUUCUUCUUUUUGGUAUUGGAAAUGAACACAGGAUCUUARGCAUGCUUGGUAAGCGCUCUAUCACUGAGCUACACUCCCGGCCCUCCUCCAACAUUUUGCUUCUUGUUAAUUUCAGCAUGUUUUCUUCACCAGAUUUUGGACUCUUUGAGGUCAAGAUCAGGAUCUUGGUCAAAUUUACUUCUGCUUGAGCUUCACACACAAUAAAGGUUUAUUGAAUAAACGAAUCCCUUGGAUGUCCAAUUCCCUGGGAGGAAGGGUAGACUGAUAAUGAAGCCAGGACAUUUGAAUUCAGGAUCCGGAGGAGCUAGGAGUAAUGCUUAGAGAGCGAAGACUAGAAUUCCACAGAAGAUAGGAGAGAAUGGAAAGCUAUCCGUCUGGUUUCCGUCGCGGAUUGGGCAGGAAGGAGUCAGAAGCGGUGGCCCAAAUCUUCGUUCUCAGAUGAAGCUGAGAGGCUUAGGCUCAGGAUUGAUGAGAUCUGGAACUUGGAAGGACUAAGCCCCUCCAAAUUGAGUUAAGACUGGCGCCAGGGGUCGCGAUCCCUCSAGUCGGAAUGGGCGGGAAGAGGCGCUCAGCGCUCAGUCCCCGCCCGUUUCCGRAGAGGCUUGCCGGAUUGGUUGUCCUUUGGUACCGUCACGCAGCCCCGCCUCGGCGCGCGUCCCGCCGCGUGCCCACCCCCGGGUGGUUGCUGCAGCCUACGCUACCUCUAGCACUGCUGGCCGCCCGCGGAGCCGGAGCCGGAGCUAGAGCCCGAGCCCGAGCGGCGCCGGUCCCAACGUCGGGCUCUUGGGCCGCGGCGGCGGGCGGGCGAUGCCCCAGCGGCCUGACCAGCCAUGGAGGCCGAGGCAGGCGGCCUGGAGGAGCUGACGGACGAGGAGAUGGCGGCACUGGGCAAGGAGGAGCUGGUGCGGCGACUGCGGCGAGAGGAGGCGGCGCGCCUGGCGGCACUGGUGCAGCGCGGUCGCCUCAUGCAGGAGGUGAAUCGGCAGCUGCAGGGUCACCUGGGCGAGAUUCGGGAGCUCAAGCAGCUCAACAGGCGCCUGCAGGCCGAGAACAGGGAGCUGCGCGAUCUGUGCUGCUUCCUGGACUCGGAGCGCCAGCGCGGGCGCCGCGCCGCACGCCAGUGGCAGCUCUUCGGGACCCAAGCAUCCCGGGCGGUACGGGAGGACCUGGGCGGCUGUUGGCAGAAGCUAGCCGAGCUGGAGAGCCGACAGGAGGAGCUGCUGCGGGAGAACCUGGCGCUUAAGGAGCUCUGCCUGGCGCUGGGCGAAGAGUGGGGUCCCCGGGGCGGCCCCGGAGGCGCUGGGGGCUCCGGCGCCGGGCCGACCCCAGAGCUAGCCCUGCCUCCUUGCGGUCCCCGCGACCUAGGCGACGGGAGUUCCAGUACCGGCAGCGUGGGCAGCCCCGAUCAGUUGCCCCUCGUCUGCUCCCCGGAUGACUGAGGGCGCUGCUUCUACGCCGACGCUCKCCAGAAUUGCUUCCUGAGCGCCAGGACUGCUGUGGAUCUCCGGACCUCGACGGUCGCUUCGGCAGUGUAAUAGGGGCCGCUGCCAUGGACUAAGAAUCCCUGACAUUGAGGAAGGCCCCCCGCUCUCGCUGGCGGGGUAGCAGGGGGACUGGAGGCUGGAGCGGAGGGACUUGCUGGGGGUUGGGUGGGGACUAAUAAACUCGGACGGAAGCGGA